AAAAUUAAGCAACGUAGGUGGGGGUUUAUUUUGUUUUCAAUGGGUGCUUGAUGUUUACGACCUGAGGUGGAUAGUUUCGAUAGUUUAAUACAACCGGUCUUCGAAAAUAUAGAACAUGUCGUGUUUAACGGAGAAAUUGAUAAAAGCAGUGAAAGAUUAUCCGAUAUUGUAUGAUGGCGAACACAAAGAUUACAGAGAUGAGAGUAAAAAGGAGAAGAUUUGGGAGAAGAUGGCUUCGGAGUUGAAUGAAAACAGUGAAGACUUAAAGGAGAAAUGGGAUUAUUUGAUAGUAACGUACGGAAAAUAUGUCGAAGCAAUGAAAAGCGAAGAGAACGAGCAAAAUAAUUGUAAAUGGCUGUCGUCCAUGGAAUUCCUCGAACCAUUCAUAUUGGCCGAAAAUUACAAAUCCGAAGAUGAUGAUGAUGAAACGAAAGGUGAUUCUGACACAGAUGAUUCAUCUGAUUCGAGUGUAUGGAGUGAAAGCUCAGAUUCCCAAGCGAAGGAAGCAAUUUUUGAAGCUCUCAUGAGCUUCACCAGGAAGAGGAAGCGAAAAAUGCGCACAUUGAGCAGCGAGGAGAAAGAAUAUCGCAGGAGCAAAAAGCUCAGUUCGAAAUCGAUAGACAUGAUUUUCAAGGGACAUGCGAAAUUAACGAAGACGUUUUCACCCGGCAGACAGGCCGAAACCAAGUACAAGAUUACGAAGGUGAUGCUGGAACAGGAAGCGUUGCAUAUGAAUGAAACGCUAAAUAAAUGAAGAUAAUAUUUCGUAGUUAAUAUUUAAAGAAAAAAAGACUUGUGUAACAUUUUAAAAUAAAUAAUUUAAAUCCAUAUCUAAUAUUUGAUUGGUCGCCAAGGAGACGCUCAUCUUAAUUGGUGAAUGCUUUAAAUGGCGGCUGACAUUGACCAAUAGAAACGUCGGUCGACGUAUUAA